GGUUAGGUGUAUUUGUUAUACGUUUAACUGUGUCGGAACAGUUGAAGUAAAUGCUAAUAUUUACGUUAAAUAUGCAGUAAAUUAGUUUAUUUAUCACAUAAAUACUACAAAUUUUUUAAUUUUUUUCAAAUUAUCAAAAAAAUUAUUACAAUGCUCGCAUUGCAAGGAUAUGGAAGUAGUGAUGAAAACAGUGACAAUGAAAUCGAUGGAUCUGUUAAAAUUUUGAGCAAUAAAGAAAAUACAACUGUUAAUGAUAGCAAGACGGAUUUAAAAAAAAAUGAUACUAAUGAAAGCACAGCAUCAUUAAAACCUUCUGUAACUACACUAGCUGUAAAGGUUUGUGCAGCUCCUGAAGUUGUACCCACUGGGACAGAAUUAUGUACGUUUCAUGUAGAUCCAGAUGUAACAGAACUAAAAUUCAACCCUAAAUACGAAGAAUUGUUUGCACCGAGUGUAGGACCUGAGAAUCCUUUCAAAACUCAACAACAACGAGCCCCGAAAAAUAUUCUUUCUGGGUAUAUUGAAAAAACGCACAUUAGUGAAUUUCAAUUUGAAAAUCAAAGGAGAACAUUUGCCAGUUAUGGGUAUGCAUUGGAUCCUACUACCGAUGGAAGCGCAGAAGAAGGUCGUACUUUAAUUGGAGCAACUGAAUUAGCUGAAGAACAAGGUGGAAAAACAGUUUUUGAGCACACUAAAUUACGUCCAAAAGAUAAAAGAAAAAGACUUCGAAAUGACGAUCCAUCAGAUAUAAAUGGCUAUUUAGGUCCUUGGGGUGGUUAUGUUGACGAACAAAAAGUGAUAAAACCAACUGACGAAGAAGCUGCCGAACUUGAGGAAAUUCUAGCCAAACGAAAUAAGCGAGGCAAACAAGUAGAAGAGAAACCAUUAGAUGAAAAAACUGUUCUUCAUAUCAAAGAUCCUCUGGAUUAUCAAGGACGAUCCUUCCUCCACGCUCCUCAAGAUGUUGGGGUUAAUCUUAAAUCUGAUUCUCCGCCAGAACGAUGCUUUUUACCAAAAUCCCAGAUUCAUGUUUGGGAUGGACACAAAAAAGGAAUCUCUCAAAUCAAAUGGUUCCCAAAAACUGCACAUUUAUUAUUGUCUUGCAGUAUGGAUUGUAGAGUUAAACUAUGGGAAGUUUAUAAAGAGAGAAGAUGUAUACGUACUUAUUUUGGACAUCGUCAAGCUGUGAGAGACAUAAGUUUUGAUAACGAUGGAAAGAGAUUCUUAUCUGCUGGGUACGAUCGUUUUGUUAAACUUUGGGACACUGAAACUGGAGAAUGCAUCAGCAGAUUUACAAGUCGUAAAAUUCCUUACUGUGCUAAAUUUAACCCUGAUCCAGAUAAACAACAUCUUUUUGUUGCUGGUACUAGUGAUAAAAAGAUUAUCUGUUGGGAUGUAAGAAGCGGAGAAAUUACUCAAGAAUAUGAUCGACAUUUGGGAGCUGUCAACACGAUAACUUUCGUUGAUGAAAACCGGCGCUUUGUUACUACCUCUGAUGACAAAAGUCUUCGAGUAUGGGAAUGGGAUAUUCCUGUUGACAUGAAAUAUAUCGCAGAUCCUACUAUGCACUCGAUGCCGGCAGUUACUUUAUCACCAAAUCAAAAGUGGCUGGCAUGUCAGAGUAUGGAUAAUAAAAUAGUUAUUUUCUCAGCUUUGAAUAGAUUUAAGAUGAAUAGAAAGAAAACCUUCACUGGACACAUGGUGGCAGGUUAUGCUUGUGGACUCGAUUUUUCACCAGAUAUGAGUUAUUUAGUGUCCGGAGAUGCUGAUGGAAAGUGUUAUGUAUGGGAUUGGAAGACCACUAAGUUAUAUAAGAAAUGGAAAGCUCAUGAUGGAGUUUGUAUAGCUUCUUUGUGGCAUCCUCAUGAACCUUCUCGACUUGCUACCGCUGGUUGGGAUGGAAAAAUUAAAUACUGGGAUUAAUUUAUCAAUAUUUUGUAAUAAAAUGUGAACGAAAAAAAAUGUAAAUAAUCUUUGUAAAUAUAUUUACAAACAUCUUUGAUAUCUUUUAAA